GCGGAGCUCCUCCUCCAGGGGGCUGUUCAGUGCCUCAGGAUCGAAGCGCCCUUCCCCGGUGGAGGGGAUGACCCCCGACUCCUUCUCCUAGGUACCACCGCAGCAUCGCUAUGGAGACACACAGCCGGGAGAUGGAGCUCUUGAGCAACAGCAUCGCCGCUUACGCGCACAUCCGAGAUAACCCCGAGAGUUUUGGCCUGUACUUUGUGCUGGGCGUGUGCUUCGGCCUGGUGCUGACCCUGUGCCUGCUGGUCAUCCACAUCUCCUGGCAGCCUCAGACCAUCCCCCCCAGGCCCCGCCGGAACCUGCGGGACGUAAGCGAGGAGGAGGAGGAGGAGGAGGAGGAGGAGGAAGAGGAGACCGCUGACCACGUGGUAGCCGAGCCAGCCCUGGCCAUGACAGAGCUGCCCCUGGAGGCCGCCAGCACCCCCGACGGGAGCCUCGCCAUCAACGUCUUUGCCUCGGCAGAAGAGCUGGAGCGCGCCCAGCGCCUGGAGGAGCGGGAGCGGAUCCUCCGGGAGAUCUGGCGCAAUGGGCAGCCGGACAUCCUGGGCACCGGUACUGGAACCAUUAGCAGAGUCCAUUACUACUGAUCCACCUGUAUCCACCCCCCCUUCGGCCUCCCCAAGAGGCCUGUGGGCUACUGUGCCCAUCAUUCGGCGGCGCAGACUUUGCGCAAGACCUGCCCUUAUGCCGGCUGGGAGGCCGCCGCUUUGCACGGCGGGUGGAGGUGAGAGAAGAGGCCGCCGGGAGCAAAGGGACCACACUAGGCAUGCAGGCAGCAAGUGGGACCCUCAAGCACAGAGCGAGCGCCUGCCCACCCCCCUGCCCCACCACUUCCAUUUCU